AUGUUGACAUCAGCACCAGUUCUAGCAAUGACAGAGGGUUCAGAAGGCUAUGCGGUGUACUGUGAUACUUCUGGUGUUGGGUUGGGAUGUGUUCUAAUGCAACGUGAUCCUGGAUCUACUCUAUCUUAUGUUACCCCAUUUAUUGCGGGAAAGGUAUGUAUAGUAGCAGAGUCAUUACAUCGACCCUUUACUGUAUCUACACCAGUUUUUGAGUCUAUUAUUGACAAGAGAGUCUAUCGAGGUUGCACGGUAGAAAUUAUUGAUCCUCAGACCGCUGUAAACCUAGUAGAGUUAGAGAUGGUUGAUUUCUACGUCAUUAUGGAUACAGAACCACCAACUCUUCAGUCUAUUCUUGUAGUUAAUGAGUUUCUAGAUGUAUUUCUAGACGAGCUCUGUGGUAUCCCUCCUAAACGAGAAAUUGACUUUUCUAUCGAUAUGCUACCAGGAAAGGCGAAUGUGGAAGCCGAUGCCCUCAGUCGAAGAUCUAUGGGUAUUUUAUCCUAUUUAAGUGUUGAGAACUGUGAGCUAGCACGAGAGUUUCAUCAGUUAGCUAGCUUGGGAGUCAGAUUGUUAGAGGCAGAUGAUAGUGGGGCCAUAAUUCAGGACCCAACUAUAUCAUCUCUAGUUGUGGAGGUAAAAGCAUGGCAACAUGAGGAUCCUAGCUUAGAGCAACUCAGAGACAAGGCUCAGGUUCAGCAGUUUGUAGCAUUUGAUAUAGUAGGAGAUGGAGUCCUCAAAUAUAGUUGUCGAUUGUGUAUUCCAGAUGUUGCAGGGAUGAAUAAGGAUGUUGCUGAGUUUGUGACACAUUGUCAUAAUUGCCAACAGACUAACAAAAUUAGCCCAUUUCUACCAGUCAAGACUACUUUCACAGCUGAAGAUUAUACAGGGCUUUACAUUCGAGAGAUUUUUAGGUUGCAUGGCAUUCCAAUAUCUAUUAUCUUAGAUCAAGGAGCACAAUUUACUGCUAACUUCUGGAAGUCUUUCCAGAAAAGAUUAGGGACACAAGUUAAUCUCAGUACCGCCUUGCACCCUCAGACAGAUGGCCAAGCUGAACACAUUAUUUUAACACUUGAGGACAUGCUACGAGCAUGCAUUUUGGACUUUAAUGGAAGUUAG